AUGCCUACUGAAGUUAGUGAUGAUACUAAAUAUGUAAAUGGAAUCUCUACUUAUAUUUUGCAUAUCACUGGUUUUUUGAUUAAUAGGCAAAAGGCAGUCAUGAAUAUUACAGACAUCAAACCCUUCUUUGAUGUCAAAGUACCUAAAGAGAUGCUAUUAUCUAUGUUUAAAACCAAAUUAGUAAAGAUAUUAUCUAAUAUUCUUAAUAGCAUAUCGAGGUUUGGGAUUGAGACUAUUAGUGCUUUCCUACUUCAAGAGUAUCAUACAGAAAAGAAACUAUAUAUUCAUGAUGAUCUAAAUUGCCAGUAUUAUUACCGCAAAGUAGCCCGUAAAGAAAAAUUACCUCUUUUGAGUUGGGCAGUAUUAAGUGAUUAUUUAUACGAACACAUUCAGGAGGAACCUUAUCUUUACCAAAUUCCAGAGCCAGGUGAGCGCUUUGAGUAUAUUGUAGUUGAAAAUAAUUCAUCACAGAAGGUGAGAGAUAAAAUGGAGUAUUUAGAGUCAUCUGAAACUUUGCUGAAAGCCUUAAAAAGGUUAAAAGGGGAUAAUGGAGCUGAUAAGAAUGGAGUGGAUGGAAACGAAGCAAAUAGAAAUGGUGUAAAUAAAGAUAGAGUGGGUGGAGAUGAAGCAAAUGAAGAUGAGAUAUCAAAAAAGAGAGAUACCUUAGCACAAAAAUCAGCUGAAAAGUGGGUUAAAGGAUAUAUCAAAAAUCUUCAUGAAGUAAAAUGCUUAGGAAAUGAUGCUUAUUGGUCUUUUUUUCUCAGCACAUUAGAUAAGCAGGAGGAAUCAAUUCACAUAAAGCUAAUGCCAUUACUUGCAGAAAUUUCCCAAGACGAUAUAGGGAGCAGAGAAAAAAUGUAUAAAUUUGUUACUAAGGCCAGUAAGCACAAAUCUAAAGCUAUGACCUUAGAAAAAUAUAUGUUAUAUAUUCAAGAAAAUGAAUAUGAAAUAUUAGCUAAUUUUUUGCACAUGGUACAAAGUGGUUGGCUUAGAAAUCACAUGCUAUUGAGCAUCAUCGAAGUUACAGGUAUAAUAGCUGAAUUGUGCAGCCAACUUUCUCAGUACAUAGGCUUCAAACCUAGUGAAAUCCAUCUUCCAAUUGCAGAGAAGAAUAUACAAGAAUUUCGUAAAAUAAUAGCAGAUCAGGAGAAAAUGACAGAUAUUGCAAUAGAUGAGUAUUGA